AUAAAAGCGACGCUGCGCGCCACUAUUGAAUACUCGAGUAGCGGAUCACGUGCGGAGCGGUUCGUCUCUUUCGCGACAUCUCGAUCGGGUGUACUCGCAUCGAAUUUCGACCGCAAUUCGUGCGUCGAGUAGUUCUUCGUACAGCUAUCGACGUUGAACUAAGAGAGAGAGUUUGCUCGAAAUAAAAGUGCAGCAGAGCAUGCCAGAGGACGUAAGCAUGGUGGACUCCGAAGAAGUUGAAACCUUCGCCUUCCAGGCCGAGAUCGCUCAGUUGAUGAGCUUGAUCAUCAACACCUUCUACUCGAACAAGGAAAUCUUCAUCCGUGAAUUGAUCUCCAACUCGUCCGAUGCGUUGGACAAGAUUAGAUAUGAAUCUCUCACAGAUCCAUCCAAGCUCGAUACGUGCAAGGAACUGUUCAUUAAAAUUAUUCCGAACAAGAAUGACCGCACCCUGACAAUUCUUGACUCUGGCAUUGGCAUGACCAAGGCUGAUCUCGUAAAUAACCUUGGUACCAUUGCCAAGUCUGGCACCAAGGCAUUCAUGGAGGCUCUCCAGGCGGGUGCUGAUAUCUCCAUGAUUGGACAGUUCGGUGUAGGUUUCUACUCGGCGUACCUCGUGGCCGACAGAGUCAUCGUCAUCUCGAAGCACAACGAUGAUGAGCAAUACUUGUGGGAGUCCUCCGCUGGCGGUUCGUUCACCGUACGUCCCGACAAUGGCGAGCCGAUCGGUCGCGGCACCAAGAUCGUCCUGCACAUCAAGGAGGAUCAGACAGAGUACCUCGAGGAGUCGAAGAUCAAGGAGAUUGUUAAGAAGCACUCGCAGUUCAUCGGCUACCCCAUCAAGCUCCUCGUAGAGAAGGAACGUGACAAGGAACUCAGCGAGGACGAGGAGGAGGAGCCCGCGAAGGAGGGCGAGGCUGAGGACGAGAAGCCCAAGAUCGAGGACGUCGGCGAGGAUGAAGAUGAGGACAAGCCGAAAGACGAGAAAAAGAAGAAGAAGAAGACCAUCAAGGAAAAGUACACGGAGGACGAGGAGCUGAACAAGACGAAACCGAUCUGGACGAGGAAUCCGGACGAUAUCACGCAGGAGGAGUACGGCGAGUUCUACAAGAGCUUGACCAACGACUGGGAGGAUCAUCUGGCUGUGAAGCACUUCUCCGUUGAGGGACAGCUGGAAUUCAGGGCGCUGCUGUUCAUCCCGCGCCGCGCGCCCUUCGACCUCUUCGAAAACAAGAAGAGGAAGAACAACAUCAAGUUGUACGUGCGACGUGUCUUCAUCAUGGACAACUGCGAAGAUCUGAUCCCGGAGUACUUGAACUUCAUCAAGGGUGUCGUGGACAGCGAGGAUCUGCCGCUGAACAUCUCUCGUGAGAUGCUGCAACAAAACAAGAUCCUGAAGGUCAUCAGGAAGAAUCUCGUGAAGAAGUGCCUCGAGCUCUUUGAGGAGUUGGCCGAGGACAGGGAGAAUUACAAGAAGUGCUACGAGCAGUUCAGCAAGAACCUGAAACUGGGCAUCCACGAGGACAGCCAGAACAGGAAGAAGCUGUCGGAGCUGCUUCGCUACCACACCUCCGCGUCCGGUGACGAGAUGUCCUCGCUGAAGGACUACGUCGGCAGGAUGAAGGAGAGCCAGAAGCACAUCUACUACAUCACCGGCGAGAGCAGGGAGCAGGUCGCCAACAGCUCGUUCGUCGAGCGCGUCAAGAAGCGUGGCUUCGAGGUCGUGUACAUGACCGAGCCGAUCGACGAGUACGUCGUCCAGCAGUUGAAGGAGUUCGACGGAAAGCAGCUGGUUUCCGUCACGAAGGAGGGUCUGGAGCUGCCGGAGGACGAGGACGAGAAGAAGAAGCGCGAGGAAGACAAGACCAAGUUCGAGAAUCUCUGCAAGGUCAUGAAGGACAUCCUGGACAAGAAGGUUGAGAAGGUCGUGGUGUCCAACAGAUUGGUCGACUCGCCGUGCUGUAUCGUCACGUCGCAGUACGGCUGGACGGCGAACAUGGAGAGGAUCAUGAAAGCGCAGGCGCUCCGUGACACGUCCACCAUGGGAUACAUGGCCGCGAAGAAGCACCUCGAGAUCAAUCCCGAUCAUCCGAUCAUGGAGAACUUGAGGCAGAAGGUCGAGGCGGACAAGCAUGACAAGUCCGUCAAGGACCUGGUCAUGCUCUUGUUCGAGACCGCUCUGCUGUCGUCCGGCUUCGUCCUCGAGGACCCGCAGGUGCACGCGUCCAGAAUAUACAGGAUGAUCAAGCUCGGCCUGGGCUUCGAGGAUGACGACGCGCCGGCUGAGGAAGCUGACAAAAUGGAGACGGAACUGCCGACGCUGGAGGGUGACACGGAGGAGUCCUCGAGAAUGGAAGAAGUAGAUUAAGCCGCUCGUAAGACUCUUGUCUCGAAUCCAAAGACUUUUUAGACAGUAGAAAGUGAGAGAGACUGUUCUUAAUUAAUUCUACUAGGAGCGCCGCGCGUAUUUUUCCCUUUUUUUCAUUUCAGUUUCGUUUUUCCGUAUGCGCUGGCAGAACGAAGUGCCGUGUUUGUGCGAGACGCGUGCAAUGGAAACAUCUGUAUUGAUUUUACGGAAUAUCUAGCACAAGUUCGCGAGCACGAGUCGAAUCCCGACGUAUCAAGUCGAAAUAACUGGACACCUAACUGGAAAGAUCGAUCACCGAAUCUUGCGUAAAAACCAUCGAAACUCGAUAGAAAUUUGCCACUUGAUUCUGUCCAGAAGUGUUCAUUAUUUUACAUUUUAUUCGCAGAUUCGCAUCCCAUUAUCAUUUUUUUACCUUCUGCGUAAUUGCGUUUCACACUUCCAUCAUUCCACGCCAUCACAAACUGGUUCUAUGGUAAAUGUAAGCGUGCGUAACAAAAUAAAUUAAUCAUAUUAAUUAA